UGUAACGUUAGCGAAUAUUCGCAUAUUAACGUUAGAAACACGUUUAUAUUAGAGUACGUAGUUACAUAAACAAAAAUCAAAAAGACUUGUACUUAAAAGGAAAAUAUUUAUGAGCUUGAACAGUUUAGCUUUCUUGAGGUUCUUCAGCAGUAACGUUAGCCUAACCACAAUGCUGUUAACAGCUCGCCGCCUGUCCAAAGUGCUGCAGCUCACCCUGGCGGUCAUGAAGCCAGAUGCUGUAGCUCAUCCUGUGAUGUUAGAGGCUCUCCACCAGAGGAUCCUGGACAACAACUUUGUGAUUGUUAGAUGCAAAGAUCUUGUGUGGAAGAGACAGGACUCUGAGAGGUUUUACGCUGAACAUUCAGGGCGAUUCUUCUACCAAAGACUUGUUGAAUUCAUGUCAAGUGGACCGAUGCGAGCGUAUAUUUUAGCCAGAGAGGACGCCAUUCGUCACUGGAGAGAACUUAUGGGACCAACCAAAGUGUUCAGAGCCAGAUACACCUCGCCUGCUACGAUCAGGGCCCAGUUUGGACUCACAGACACACGAAACACAACUCACGGAUCAGUCUCCCCUGCACUCAGGUGUUUUGUGUGGCCACCUGUUUGAGGCUUUCCACGGGUUUCAUAACCUCGUAGGUGGUGAGGGACUUCUUCACCUUCCCGUUCUUGUCCACCUGAUGGAUGCUCUGUGUCACUGUGAUGGUCACCUGCUUGGUCGACAUCCGAUUGUCCUGCCAUUUUGUCUGAUGACGAGGAAUGAAAGAUGGGACAUUAGAAAAACUAUUCAUUUCACUUUUACUAUUAUGUAUGACAAAACAUCAGAAUUCUCACAUUUGAGAAGCUGGAGGCAGCAAAUGUUUGGCAAGUUUUCUUUAAAAUAAUGACUAAAUUAUUUCAUUAUCAAAAUGGUUGUCACUUAUCUAAUGGUCGACUAAUCGAUUAUUUCACUAAUUGUGAAAUUCACAUGUGAGCUGGCCAUAAAAAUGAAAACAACAAAGAUGAUGGUUUGAUUCUCCUUAACUUAACUACAAUUGGUCUCCCACAACUCGUUACUUUUACUCAAAAAAUGAAUAGAAACAAAAAGGUGCUUUGAUAUUCUAUAUUGGUGGAGCGUCUUACAAUCUCUUCAGUGUGUAGAACGCUUCUGCGCUGCACUGUGAUGCCAGAAGAUGGUAACACUGCCUCCUUGGCUGGAGAGCCCAGUAUUGCAGGGGGGCUGCUGGCUUUCACGUCGUUCAGACUGGCUUCAGACACGGCCGAACAGACCUUUAGGUAAGCCUGAGCAGGGGGAGGGAGGCCGUCCUCGAAGAAAUCUGGAACUGGAACAAAACAAAAGCUCAGCUGUCUGAAAGCUUGCUUUACAAUCCUAGAUAUGGGGGUGAAUUGGUAACAUGUACUUUCCUGUUAAUCUGUUAAGACUUCAAGUGUUAUACAGAGCACAUGCUUGGUUAUGGCCCUGUCACACAUACUGUAGAUGUGGGAGGCUCGUGGGUGUUUCAGCUAAAAUGGUUUUACAAUGUAGCUGUAAACACAACAUUCUAAUUAACCCAAUCAGAUAACGAAAAUUAUUUUAGCAGAAAAACAAACAUUCAAAGGGCUGAAUACAAUAAACAAAAUGUAUAAAACAUAUUAGGAGUUAUUAUGUUUUAUAUACAGUUAUAUAGAAACGGUAUGGUAUAACUAUGCUUAUAAAAGGGAUGGAAUAAUUAAGAAACAAAUAGCAGAAAGGAGCUCACAGUAUGGUAUUAAGCCAUACUAUUAAUUAUGUUGACAAUAGAUGAACCAUUUCGGAGAUAACCACAUAAUCUGAGAUUAGUAGUAAUUCAAGUGCUGAAACUGUCAUUUUUGUACAAAAAAAAAAAAAGAUUAUUAAUUGUUACUGGAUCUCUAGAACCAAGAAAUCAGGGGCUUUUGUGACAGGAUAAUUGUUAAUCAUAAAUUAGUCAUGCACUCUUUCAGAAUAAAGAAAGAAACCAACAAAUGGUGUAUUCCAGCCCUGACACUAUAGUAAUAUCACACUGUAUGAUUUGGGUAGUGAAGAAGUGAGCCAUUUGUAAAUCUAACAGCAUUAGUCAGAGGUUGAAGCUUACUGAUAGCGUACAGGUGCAUUACUGUCACCACUGACCUAAUCUGACUACAGUGUGGAGCAGUGAAGUGUCAUGAAUCAUGGGAAACACUCUGAAUAUCACUCUGAAGUGGUAUUUGGUGUGCACUUCAAGUGUGGGCUAAGUGUCCUGGUUGAUGGCAUUGUACAGAUGUAUACCUCCUAAUAGUGAUGUGUAAACAUGAACUUAAAUAUUCCAGGCCACGUGUGGACUGGCAACACAAACAGAGCAAGACUUUUUAAA